AUGGAAGCACCAUAAAACAAAUAUUUUCUUUAGACUGUUUCUAAAAAGGUGUUCAGUUGGGACAGCUUCCGUUGUAUGGCGCGUACACUGUUGACAACAAACUAGUGUCAGUGUUCCACAUAAUCACAUAUUUUUGAAUUUUAUUUGAACGCAAGAAUAAAGUCACUGCAUAUAAAUUUAUAUUGUUGGUUUUCUGACAAAUUAUUGAUAUGUGUGAUGAGGAAUCGCAAAUCCAUGACGAUUUACUCUUUAAUAUGUUGCAAGAAUGUAAAACGCUACCCUCAUUUUUGAGUCAUGUUUUUGGAUUUCUUCAGAGGAGACUUUUAUCAUAUAGCAAAGGAAAAGGACUCACCAGUAGGCUUACCUGAAGGCCUUGCCGAAAAUUUGGUAAAACAUUCGUUUUAUAAAUGGAAGCCUAAAGUAGCGCCUAAAGAAGCUGAAGUUCUAUGUGAGCAAGAUAUACCUGUUGCUUCAGAAGUGGUUGUGUCUACAGAAGAAGUUGCUCAAGAUUUAAAUAAUGUUGGCAUAAAUGAACCGCCAGAUAAGCAAAGACAUUUGCAAACAGAACCAUGUUUUACUGAGUCAGAUAGUUAUAAUGGAAAUGUGUUUGAAAAUUAUUGUUGGUCUCAAACAAUAGCUGAUAUUGAUAUUUCAAUAAAAGUGGCCCAAAAUAUGAAGGCGAAAGAUAUUACUGUAUCUGUAUUAACCAGUCACAUAUCUGUUGAAGUGAAUAACAUUCUAAUACUUCGGGGUGAUCUGUGUCAUAAUGUCAAACAUAAAGAGGCCAUAUGGUCUUUAGAUAAGAGAAAAUUGCAAAUUCAUCUUGAUAAAUGUCAGCAAAUAUGGUGGGACUGUCUUCUAAUAACUGAAGAGAAAAUAGAUUUGACAAACAUUGACUGUUCAAGACCAUUUGAAGAUCUAAGUGAUGAAGCUCAAGCAAAAAUUGAAGAACUAGAAUGGAAUCAGAGACAGAAAGAGUUGGGCCUACCAACAUCUGAUGAUCUUGCUAAACAAGAAUUGCUCCGAAAGGCUUGGAAUGUAGAAGGAUCCCCAUUUUCAGGGCCCUUUGACCCUACAACUGUUGCCUUUCAUUAAUUUAUUUUAAAAAUCUAAUACACAACUAUAAGGCAAUUUCAGCAAUAAAAUUACCUUGGUAAUAGAGUCUUAUAUUAUUUUUCACAAAAAAAACUUAUUGUGUGACUUUAAGACAUCCUAACUUUAUACAGGGUUUGUUAACUUAGUUCCAAGUGUAUUAUUUUUAUAUCCAACAUUAUAUUUUCAGAAAAUAUUUUUCCCAGGUUUUAACUUAACAUAAAUUAUAAAAUAUUUAUUUUUGAUUUAGCACAUUGUGGACUGCGUCUUAUUGCAAAAUGAAGGUAAAAAAUCAUAUGCGACUGCGAUUGGUAAUUUUAAAAAAUGAAAUGGGUGAUAAUGUAUAAUAAAUGAUGGAACCACUGGAUUUAUGUGCAGCGGGGAACAUAUGCAAUUUAAAUAUAAAAAAAUGGAUUUUUUUCAGAACUAUUUGAAUUUUUUAAGGAUUCGAAGUAGGUUUAAUAUAGAAACGCCGAACUAUUUUCUAAUUUAACCCACGUUUUAUUUUCUUUGUCCAAAUCUUGCAUGUCCAGGAAUGAAUGUUAAUGUAAAAAAAUAAAUAGUGUGACUAAGAAU